AUGACAGACACACACACAAAUAAAACGGCAACACGAGGGCAAAUCAAACAAAUAAAUGAACACAAUAUGCCCAAAGAACUAAAGAAGUGGAAAGAAGAGCGCAAAGCAGCAAAGCGAAAAUGGAAAGAGGAAAAGUUAUUGAAACAGUUGGCAAAGAAACGGCAGAUUGAGAAGAAAGAAGAAGAAGCCAUGAAAGUGAAAGAAGAAGAAGAGGAAGUGCAAGAAAGAUUAGGUCGUCCAUACACAUUGUCCAUAGCUUUACCUGGCUCUAUUCUAGAUAAUGCACAAUCACCAGAACUGAGAACUUACCUUGCUGGACAGAUAGCCAGAGCCGCUGUUGUGUUCAAUGUUGAUGAAAUUAUUGUAUUUGAUGAAACGGGAUCCACAGAAAAAACAACUGAAGGGGAGUUUUCUGGUGUAGGCAAGCAUGGACAUGGAAAUGUUCAGCUUGCACGGAUCUUGCAGUACCUAGAAUGUCCGCAAUACCUUAGAAAAUGCUUCUUCCCUCAGCACAAAGAUCUACAGUAUGCAGGUGUCUUAAAUCCCCUCGAUUCCCCUCACCACAUGAGAGCUAAUGAUGAGGCCAUGUAUAGGGAAGGUGUUAUUGUAAAGAAACAUUCUAAAGAAGGGAAAGGCUCCUAUGUAAAUGUUGGUCUAACCAAGGACAUACAGGUGGACAAAGAGUUGGUUCCUGGUAUCAGAGUCACUGUAAAGAUGGACCUCACAUCUCUAGACAGAAAGAAACCAAAGGGAAUAGUUGUGUCCCCUUCGGAGCCUCGAACACACGCAGGCCUCUACUGGGGUUACAGCGUCAGACUGGCUAGCAGUAUAGGAGCUGUGUUUACAGAAUGCCCAUAUAAAGAAAUGUAUGAUUUAACUAUAGGAACAUCUGAACGAGGGUCUGAUAUUGAUGAAUUUGAACUCGAUAAAAAGGAUUUUAAACAUGCUUUAGUUGUAUUUGGUGGUGUUCAGGGACUGGAGACGAGUUUAGAAGCAGAUGAAAAUUUAGCAGUAGAUGACCCAAGUUUGUUGUUUCAACAUUACCUCAACACAUGUCCUCAUCAGGGCAGCAGGACUAUUAGAACAGAGGAGGCCAUUUUAAUCACCAUGUCCGCACUGAGACCAAAGUUGUUCAUCAAACAAACACACAGCAACACAGAGUCCUGACAUUAGCUUUUAAAGUCUAUUUAUGCAACAAAAUUAUUUUGAAAUACCAUUAUUCUUAUUCCUUGUACCCACCUUUGAAAGGUUUCGAAAUGUAGUUGCCACAAAAUUUAGAAAAUGAAUUAGGAGAUCAGUAAAAUCUAGCAUUGUCCGUAAGUAUUGACCCGGCACUCGUGAAUAUUCCGUAUAUUUCUUAAUUAGUAUACUGUUGCAUGUGCAGGUAGCUGUGCGAACAAAGCAUUUAGCUGCCAGUAUCAGGUUUGUGGGUUCAAGUCCUACGUCUGACCAUAUCUUUUUUAUGCCCCCGAAGGGAGGCAUAUAGUUUUUGAACCGUCUGUCGGUCUGUCAGUCUGUCCGCAUUUUUCGUGUCCGGUCCAUAUCUUUGUCACCGAUGGAUGGAUUUUCAAAUAACUUGGCAUGAAUGUGUACCACAGUAAGACGACGUGUCGCGCGCAAGACCCAGGUCCGUAGCUCAAAGGUCAAGGUCACACUUAGACAUUAAAGGAUAGUGCAUUGAUGGGCGUGUCCGGUCCAUAUCUUUGUCAUCGAUGGAUGGAUUUUCAAAUAACUUGGCAUGAAUGUGUACCACAGUAAGACGACGUGUCGCGCGCAAGAUCCAGGUCCGUAGCUCAAAGGUCAAGGUCACACUUAGACAUUAAGUGAUAGUGCAUUGAUGGGCGUGUCCGGUCCAUAUCUUUGUCAUCGAUGGAUGGAUUUUCAAAUAACUUGGCAUGAAUGUGUACCACAGUAAGACGACUUGUCGAGCGAAAGACCCAGGUCCGUAGCUCAAAGGUCAAGGUCACACUUAGACAUUAAGGGAUAGUGCAUUGAUGGGCGUGUCCGGUCCAUAUCUUUGUCAUUCAUGCAUGGAUUUUAAAAUAACUACGCAUGAAUGUGUGACACAGUAAGACGACGUGUCGCGCGCAAGACCCAGCUCCGUAGGUCAAAGGUCCUAAACUCUAACAUCGGCCAUAACUAUUCAUUUAAUAUGCCAUCGGGGGCAUGUGUCAUCCUAUGGAGACAGCUCUUGUUUUGUAUCAAAAUUUUAUAUGCAGACUUACUACCUAUUUGAUCAAAUGUAUCGUGACAUUUAUGGUUCAUUAUAAACAGUAAUCAUAUUUACCCGUAGUAAAAAAGUGGAAGAAGACAAAUUACCUGUUACCAGCAUUUGAGAGAAUAAAUACAAGAGAAAACAAUUAAAAUUUAUGAAAUAUGAUUCGUAAAAUAAUGUAAAAAUAAAACGGUCUAGAUAACAUUACAAAACAUUAAAUUAAAAAAAAAUGAUCUAAGUGAUUUUGAACCUAUGGUAACGUGUGUGGAAGUCGGACACCUUGCAUCUAAGCCACCAUGUCAUUGGUUAACUUCUUAUGUUACUUUAGUAAUACUUUCGGGAUACAAAUAUUGCGUACAUUAAUGAAAACGCCUGAAAACAAUGGUGAAGAUUGACGAGUGUAGGUCAAUACCAAGUACCUGAUUAGUUGAUUCUGAUGUUAAUUUGAAAAUGGACCAAUAGCAAUACUGCAUUCCAAGACUGAUCCCAAAACUUUGUUUUAUUUCUUUUUAAGGCCUAAUCUUAAGAGUUAAAUAAGAUUGUUUGCUUGUUUCUUUGAUAUACUGCUGUGUUUAUUGCUAUCUUUAUUUUCAACAGGAUUUCAGUUACGUAACGGUAAUUGUUAACCUACCCAGUGAUUUUGGAUUUUGUACCUGUUCACCUCAGUGAAUGCUUCCCCUCAUGAACAACCAGGUGGAGGACUGAUCACUUUGACAACAUUUUCAUCAUAAUGGAACUAUACUUGCAGCGUCUUGUGAUCCUACUUCCAUCUACAGCAGAAGUAAAAAUUUCCAGAAAACGAGCAUUUUGUCUAGGAAGCUGUUGCUUUCUGAACUUGUGACGUGCCAUGAGAAAACCAACAUAGUGCAUUUGCGACCAGCCAACACAGUCUGGUCAGGAUCCAUGCUGUUCGCUAACGGUUUCUGUAAUUGCAAUAGGCUUUGAAAGCAAACAGCAUGGAUCUUGACCAUACUGCACAAAUGCACAUGCUAGUCUGGAUCUACGCUAGUCGCAAAGCCAGUAUGUUGGUUUUCUCGUGGUGCGGCUAAUUUGCUUAAGCUGUAUUGUUCAUUAUUACAUAUUUACAAUUGCCCUAUUCUUAUUGAAACUUUUGACAUUCAUUUCCUAUGAACAGCAAAGGGAAAGGCAUGAAAGUUAUGUCAUUGCUUCUUAGUGAUAACCAACCGCUGUUUUGACGACGUCCGCAUAAAGUCGGGGAGAACGUUCCUUAGUUGACGUCGCAGUUGUUCCGUCAGGUGAACAGAAUGGCCAGGAAGCUGAUUUUAAUGUUAAAUGCUACAAAUUAUAUGCAAUUCAUAAAACAGUUUACAAAUUGAAAGGAAAUAUAAUGUAAAUAUAAUAAAUGAAACUAUUUUUUUCGGUGUUCAUGCGAAAUGAACGACAGAAUAGGAUUGGCAAAUCCAUGAAUCGCGCUAGCAAAUUGAUUAAUUAAGGUGUUUAUCACUGACAUGUUUUGCAUGAACACCGAAAAAAAUCAUUUCAUUUCUUAAAUACAUUUUUACCUCGACUAUUCGAAGAAUAAGUAGAGCUAUCCUACUCACCACGGCGUCAGCGUCACACCUUGGUUAAGUUUUUCAUAGCAGUCCACUUCUUGACAAAGUCUUUUGAGAUAAGGCUUUGAAACUUUCAACACUUGUUUAUUUUAACAGUCUCUAUCUGUAGGCAAGAGUACAUAACUCUGUCAACUAUUUUGACUCAAUUAUGGCCCUUUUUGGACUUGGAAAUUGGUUCAAUUUGUGUACAAGUCCAUGUUUUGUCAAAACUAUUUUAGAGGUGGCUUUGAAAGUUUGAACAAUUGUUCAUCAUCAUGAUUUAUAUCUGUAGGCAAGAGUAUAUAACUCUGUCAACUAUUUUGGCUGAAUUAUGGCCCUUUCUGGACUUGGAAAUUGGUUCAGUUUUCGUACAAGUCCAUGUUUUGUCAAAACAAUUUGACAUAUGGCUUUGAAACUUUGAACAAUUGUUCAUCAUCAUGAUUUAUAUCUGUAGGCAAGAAUCAAGAGUACAUAACUCUGUCAACUAUUUUGGCUGAAUUAUGACCCUUUUUUGACUUGGAAAUUGGUUCAGUUUUCGUAAAAGUCCAUGUUUUGUCAAAACUUUUUGACAUACGGCUUUGAAACUUUGAAUACUUGUUUAUCACCAUGAUUCCAAUCUGUAGGCAAGAGUACAUAACUCAGUCAACUAUUUUGGCUAAAUUAUGGCCCUUUUUGGACUUGGAAAUCAGUGAAGUUUUUCGUACCAAAAUUAUUUUAUGCCUAACCUGUUUGUCAUAUGGCUUUGACACUUUCAGCACUUUCUUACCAUCAUGGUCACGCAUUGCAUUAUAUUGCAAAACUUAUCCAAAUUCACAAGUGCAGGUACAUUGUUUGUCUUGUCUGUGCCUUUUCUAUUGUCUGAAAAUCUCAGGUAAUAUUUUGACCCUACACUUCUAUCAAUGCUUCGAAUAGUCAAGCGCGCUGUCAACAGACAGCUCUUGUUCUUAACUCUGUGUUAAAUUGUUAAAUUUUUGUGCCCUCCACUGAUAUAGGUCUGUCCGAAAAAAGUGUGAUGGGUCUAGCUCAAAAAGUAUUUGAUAUAAAUUGAUGAAACCUUG